AUGAAGACUGCCAGCAUCCUGACCAUCGCGGGCGUCACGCUCGUCUCGGGCGCAAUUGCGUAUGCUGUCUACUUUGACAACAAACGCCGCAACGAUGCUGCCUUCCGCAAGAAGCUCCGCAAGGACAAGAAAAAGGUCGACAAGUCUGCUGCAUCUCAAGAAGCAGCGUCGGCUUCUGCGUCAGCAGCAUCCCUGGGACCGCUCAAUAUCACCGAGGUCGAGCUUCGUGCGGCCAUUGAGACUGUCAAGAAGGAAGAGCUGCCAGCUUCACCAGAAGCAAAGGAGCAAUACUUCAUGCAACAGGUCAAUAUGGGAGAGACCCUUUGCGCUCAGGGUCCCGCCUUCUCGUUGACCGCAGCGAUGUGUUUCUUCCGCGCAUUGCGGGUAUACCCCUCGCCUGUCGAACUCCUUAUGAUCUAUCAGCAGACAGUGCCUGAGCCUGUGUUCAAACUCGUCGUUGAGAUGACCCAACUGGACGUGAAGACGCGUGUCGAAGGUUAUUGGGACGCCUUCCCUCCCAAAGACAUGAACGUGACGGCCAAACCCGUCGAUAUUGAGAGCACCAACGGUGCCACAGUGCGCAAGCGCGUUCUCGUCGCAACCAAGGACUUCAAGGCCGGCGACGUCAUUUACACGGAAGACCCCGUUGUCACCGCACUCGACACUGACCUGGAGGGCAAGGGACUCUACUGCUCGCACUGCUUCCGUCCGAUUAGCCCCGACUCUGCCAUCCGCCCGCCCGAAGGCACGGACAAAUUCGGCCCUUCGUACUGUAGCAAGGAGUGCGAGCUCAAGUCGGUCAAUCAAUCCCAAGGCCUUCUGUUUGGGACUACAUCGCCGGUACCGGAAGCAGAGCUCACGCCCGAAAUGAUCGCAAAGCGCGCGGAAGCUCAAGAUGCCUUCGUUGCCCGCCUUCGCACCCAGGGCAAAAUUGCACCUUUAUUGGUAGCCCGGUUCAAUGCGCGCCAGGUAUCUGGAGAGCUCUCGAAGAUGUUCCCCGGUAUGCCAGGAGAGCCGGCCACUGUAUUUGGUCUCUCAGACUUCACGCUCUACGACCAUGUCGAGCGUCUGCGCUUCCUGGAGGUUACACCCGAGGAAGAGGAGGUCAUAACUUUCCGCAACGUGCUCGAGAGCGUCCUCCCUGGGCUGGAUCAAUUCAUCACAGAGGAGCGUUACGGCACAGUGAAGGGCCAGAUGCUGUACAACUCGUACGGCGUGUACUAUAGCGAGGGUCGCGACGACAAGCCUGACGAUGGCCUGCGGCCAGAGGACAAGGAGCGUACUCGUUCCGCUGUUGGUACGAACCGUCAAGUUGGAAGCGCCUUCUACAUUGUGUCUUCUUAUGCUCAACACGACUGUGACCCCAACGCGCGCCCCGUUUUCACCGACUCUGCCACCCUCCGUCUCACCGCUACGCGAGACAUCGCGGCGGGCGAGGAGAUCACUGUAGCAUAUGUCGACACAACAGCGCAGCCGGACGAGCCCGUUGUCGAUGCUCGCCGUCGCCGUCGCAUGGAGCUGGCUCGUGGCUGGCGCUUCCCCUGCACGUGCAAGCGCUGCCAUGCAGAAGCCCCUGCAGACGCGGACAAGCAUGAGGAACCGAUAAAGGACGAGAGCAAGGUCGAGCCUGCUGUCGAGCGGAAAGAAGAGGAGGACAAGCAGACAUUCGAGGCUACCAUUGAUGCUUAG